AUGAGGAUGGGCUACCAUCGUGAUCCUUCUAACUAUCCAAAUAUCUCUAUAUUUGCUGGCGAGAUGAGACGGCGCGUGUGGGGCGUCAUUAUUCAACUCGACAUCCUAGUAUCGCUUCAGGUUGGCCUACCCCGGCUAAUCAACGAAAGUGGCUCCGAUACCAAAGAGCCACGAAAUAUUCCCGAAGAGGAGAUGGGUCCGGAAAUGACUGUUCUACCUGCCUCGCAGUCGGACUCCAGUGGCGCAGUUCCAUCUUAUAUGAUAUCAAGGACAAGGUUGGUCUCUGUUCUAGGAUUAAUUCAAGGCCAUAUAACAUCGGUCCACCCGAUGUCUUAUAGAACUGUGAUCCAAUUACAUGAAACAUUGACUUCUCAACAUGACGCUCUGCCGACAAGCUUGAAGGUUCGAAAAUGUCCUCUUGUCACAGAUUCUACGGCGGUAGUGAUGAGGCGCCUGUCAUUAGACCUCUUGUUCCAAAAAUCUCGAUGUGUGCUGCACCGGCUAUAUAUGAAACCGGAAAAUCGUUGGUCUUGGGAGACGUGUAUUGACGCCGCUCUGACCAUCAUUUGUCACCAGUCUUAUGUUUAUCACGAAACCCAAUCAGGUGGAUUGCUAAGCGGCCAUCCAUGGAAAAUCAUCUAUUUAUCGACAUAUGACUUCCUCCUUGCUAGUAUGGUUUUGUGCCUUGGACUUCAUCGAGGAAUCAGUCCAGAGUCGGGUUCUUCUGUAAUAGGUCUAGAUUUGAAUAGCCAGAAACCCGUAGCAUUACUGAGUGCGAUUGAGGAUUCAUAUAUGAUUUGGGCGGACUGGUGUACAGUGAUAAAAGAUACAAAGCGAGUGCUUGAUAUUGUGAAGAUCAUGCUAGAUCGAAUGAAACAGGCGACUUUAGGAUCUUCAAGAGACCAUCCCAGGCAGAACUCCAUGAAUCUAACUAUUGUUCCGGAGAGUGACUCGGGUAUGAUAAUGAUCCUGUGGCUCUGA